AUGAAGAAAGCAGAAAAAACUUCAAAUGAAGCAAGUGAUACAAGUUAUAACAUUGCUAGAUGUUCUAAAAAAGAUGUAAAGCAAACAAAUAAGAAAGGAACAGAAGAAAAGACAAAGUAA